UGGUGUGGUGUGGGGGCAAAAAGCAAUAACGCAUCGGUCACAUAAUGAGGCUAUGACUCGUCGUCUCUAUGAAAAGCUCCGACUCUUAUCAUCGCAUUCGCAGCAACUCUUCUUUUCUUCCAGACUCACUCGCUUCCUCUCUUUAAAACUCCCUCACUUCUUCUCUCUCUCCUCCACGCUCCAACUCUGCAAGUCCCUCGCACGCGCCUUCGCUUCCAAAACCCUAGCGUUCUUCUCCUCCAUGGACGACCCCUUCUCCUCCCUCGAUGACCCCUGGUCCGAUAACUACCGCUCCCGCCCCCUCCGUACUCUUCUCGACGGCGACGACGACGACUACGACUUCGACGCCUCCGCCUCCGCCUCCGAUUCCAAUUCCGCCAUUGACAAGCUAUACUUGGUUCCCUACAGGUGGUGGAAGGAGGCUCAGCGUGAUGAUGAUAAUGAAAUAGGAGGUGUUUUAUACUCUGCGUCAUUGAACGAUGACAUUGAGUCAGAAAUUGUACUGGAUUUGAGGAAGAAAGAGGAUUCUAGGAAUGCUGAAAAGGAAGAAGAAGGGUUUUCCGGCUGUGAGUAUGCCUUGCUCCCUAAACCAAUGUGGUUAUGGGCCCUCAAACGGCAUAAUGAUCUUAGCGCAGCAGUAUAUCAUGGUAGUCUCUGUGGUGAUGGAGAUUCUUUGCAGGAUAUCUUUCCUAUACAAAUUAGGCUUUUUGUUUUGUGGGAAACAAAUUCAUUGGUGGUGAAAAUCAGCCAAAAGGACAAUGUACUUGAAUUUUACAAGAGAGCUUGCAAAAUUUUCAGUUCCAAGUCUGCUCCUUUAAAUAUUUGGGACUUCUCAGGGCAGACAACACAAUUUUUCUUGGAAAACAAAAUAAAUUUGCUUAACGAAUCUUCUGGACAAGCAGAGAGAGAGAUUCUUCUUGAAUUGCAAGUCUAUGGGUUUUCAGAUACUCUAAGGGGUAUAGAUGAGAGGAAUAAUGAGAUGGCUCUAGUACAGUCCAAAAUGGAAGUUCCCUUUUGCAGUGGGUCUCUUAAGAUGAAUGGGAGCACUGACAAAGUAGGCUCUUUAUUAACUUUAACUAGCUCUUCACAAAGUGGUGGUAGCUAUAGGGGAGCUGCUUCCUUGGGCUUGACAGGAUUACAAAAUCUUGGGAAUACUUGUUUCAUGAACAGUGCCAUCCAGUGCUUGGUGCAUACCCCAGAGCUUGUUGAUUAUUUCCUUGGAGACUACCCAAAAGAGAUAAAUUACGAUAAUCCAUUGGGAAUGAAAGGGGAGCUUGCUUUAGCAUUUGGAGAUUUAUUAAGGAAGCUAUGGGCUCCGGGAGCUAGGCCUGUGACUCCAAGGAUGUUCAAGUCAAAACUUGCUAAUUUUGCUCCUCAAUUCAGUGGCUAUAAUCAGCAUGAUUCCCAAGAAUUUCUUGCUUUUUUGUUGGAUGGACUCCAUGAAGAUUUAAAUCGUGUUAAAUGCAAGCCGUAUAUCGAAGCUAAGGGCUUAGAGGACCGUCCAGAUGAAGAAGCAGCAGAGGAAUAUUGGAAGAAUCACCUUGCUCGUAAUGACUCCAUCAUUGUUGAUUCUUGCCAAGGUCAGUUUCGGUCAACGCUGAUUUGCCCUCUUUGCAAGAAGGUUUCUGUCACAUUUGAUCCAUUUAUGUACCUAUCGCUGCCAUUACCUUCAACAGUUAUGCGGACUAUGACAUUGACAGUCAUGAGCGCUGAUGGGAUUACACUACCAUCUACUUAUACCAUAACUGUACCAGAUUGUGGGAAGCUCACGGAUCUUAUCUUGGCCUUAAGUGCUGCAUGUUCUUUAAGAGAUGAUGAAACCCUGUUAGUGGCUGAGGUAUACAUGAAUCGUAUGUUGAGUUGGCUGGAGCCAUCUGGUUUGAUAGCCUUGAUCAGAGAUGAUGACAAACUUGUUGCUUAUCGGUUACCAAAAGAUUGUGAGAAAUCCCCCUUGGUUGUCUUCAAGCAUAAAAAAAUUGAGCAUUGGCCUUAUAACUUUCCACUAAAAUGGAAGAUGUUUGGUAUUCCACUGGUGGCAAGGUUGCCUGAUCUUUCUUGUGGAUCUGAUAUUCGCAAAAAGUUUUUGCAAUUACUCAAUCCAUUUUUAAUGCCCAUUGAAGAUGUAUUAAAUGACUGUGAUGAUGAGGAAGGAAGUUCUGGCAAUGAAGAUUCUGAUAUGUUGGAUGCCACUAGCCCUACGGUUUUGGAUACAGAUGCCGGCUCAGACAGUGAAACAUUGGAUGAGACACAUUUGGGUACUGACUUCCAAUUCCAGAUAGGACGAUUCUUUACUGAGAUAAAGAUGGAUGAGCCAUUACAAGUUUCAGGUUUGGCAAAGGAGUUGGAGGUGCAUGUUGUAUGGUCAGAUAAGAUGAUUGAUAAGUACGAUACGUGCAUUCUUAGCUCAUUUCCAGAGGUCUUUAAGCCUCAGACGUUCAUGAAGAGGCCUCAAGAGUCUGUUUCUCUGUACAAAUGCCUUGAAGCCUUCUUGAAGGAAGAACCUUUAGGACCAGAAGAUAUGUGGUACUGCCCUAGCUGCAAGGAGCCUCGACAAGCAAUAAAAAAGCUAGAUCUUUGGAGAUUGCCUGAGAUUCUUGUUAUUCAUUUGAAGAGGUUCUCAUACAACCGAUAUUUUAAGAACAAGCUAGAAACAUUUGUUGACUUCCCAGUUGAUUAUCUGGAUUUCUCAACCUACAUUGCCCACAAGAAUAGCCAGUUUUCUAAUCAUUACAUACUGUAUGCAAUUAGUAAUCACUAUGGAGGUCUGGGUGGCGGUCACUAUACAGCAUCUAUUAAUCUUGGAUAUCGAAUGUGGUAUGAGUUUGAUGAUGACAAGGUUGAUCCCGUCAGUGAAGACAGGAUAAAGACCUCUGCUGCUUAUGUUCUUUUCUACAGGAGAGUCCCAGAUGUAUAAUCCAACAUAGUUGUACAGUUGCAACAAUUUGCAAAACAGGAUCGGGCAAGCAUUACCUUCUUUUUCUCCCAAACCAUUUUGUAGUUAUUUUUGGGAGCAUCCUCAUUUUGCUUACAGCUUGGAAUUGGAGAGGAUACACAUAGAGAAAAUGAACAAAGGACAAAGGAUUUUACCGUACAGCUUCAAAUGGGCGCCAUUGGACUAGGGUAGAAUAUUUCAACUGCUUUGUCGUUAAAUGUACAUAUGCUUCAUAGUUCAUACAGAGGGAAUUCUUGAUAGACCCAUCAAUUUUAAGAUGGAAGAGCUUCCCCAUAAGUAUAUCACUUAAUAAAAUUUAUUGGGUACA